AAAACUCAUACAUUAUGCAAUGUCUUGAGGUCGCUGUCAAAUGUUGACAUACUGAUUAUUAAAUUGGACAUAAACGUACAAGCCAAUAUUUCAGUGGACAAAACGAGUAAAUAGCACUUGUGACUGAUAUAUGUGAUAUAUUUUAUACGUGUAUUCAAAAUGUCGUAUUUGGCUUUAGAUAAAUGGGCUCGAGUUAUUAGAAUGACGAUUCAGAACGGUGGACUGUUUAAAUCUCUAUAUAAAAUUUGGAGAAUGGACACGUUAAAGGAAGGUAAAUAUAUCGGCUGUGAUGAGUUCGGUAACAAAUACUACGAAAAUAAGAAUUACAUGCUUGGCAGAAGUCGCUGGGUCGAAUAUAAUCCGCAAUUCAAAUGGGACUACGACGCUUCGCAGGUAACGCCAGAAUGGUUCGGCUGGUUACACUACAAGACAGAUCGUCUCCCAAGUGAGGACUGCGCGAAGCUGUGCCUGAAGUGCUGCUGUUGGACUCAUAGGUGGAGGUUACCUCAUACCGAAAACAUGAGUGCCACCGAACGCGCUUACUACCCAUUCAGGACGACCCGAACUCAUAUUUCUGUUUGGGAUGGUCGUUCGAUAUGCAAUCGUCCUUGCUUCCCACUGUAAGCCGACCUUCAGAAUUUUAAUCACGUGGCAAUACAUUUUUUUCACCACUAUAGAUUAGUACUUGAAUAAAUAUUUCUGAACUCAUA